UCUUGGAACAUCUUUGGUGUAGCUCACUGACUAGCAAUAGUUAGCAUGCCAAUUGAAACAGCGAGUUUAUAGCUCAUAUUGGGGACUGCCGUUCUUUGAAUGUUUGCAGAGGGAAAACAUACAGUCAUUUAACACCCGGAGUGAUUUUUAAUCGAAGUUAAAAUGAUGUAGCAGAAUGGAAGUACUAUUAGGAGCCUCUUUGAAGUGGUACUGCAUAAGGACGUGGUGCUGUUUGAGCCAACAGAGCAAGGAACCUUAAACUCCAUGCACCGGGUGAAGCUGCAUACUUUCCAGAAUCUGAAUUGCACUCAAAAAGAGAAACUGAAAGAAGAAUAUGUUUGCCAAACUGAAAAAGAAAAUUGCUGAGGAGGCGGCCACAGCACCUCGGACUGGUGUUCGCAUACCCCGCACCAUCAGCAAGGAAUCCAUCACUUCAGUGGGAGCAGAUUCAGGGGAUGACUUUGCAUCUGAUGGCAGCAGCUCCAGGGAUGACCUGCCCGCCCAGCUUCUCAGAAGAAAUGAUCAGAUCCGGAAGCUGGAGGCCAAACUAUCAGACUACGCUGAGCAGCUACGAAUUAUGCAGAAGACCAAGGAGAAGCUUGAAAUUGCAUUAGAAAGGCAUCAGGAUUCAUCGAUAAAAAAACUUCAGGAACAGAAUGACUCUCAUCAGGCCAGCAGAGCCAAAAUGGCAGAGGGGAUGGCUUUAGCGUUAGAAAAGAAAGAUCAGGAGUGGAUGGACAAAAUGGCCAGUUUAGAGAAAGAGAAGGCUGCCCUCUCAGCUCGGCUAGAGGAGAUGAAGGAACAGAGCUUAGCACUCUCAAAAAGGGACGACCUGGAUGAACUGGAGGGCUUUCAGCAGCAGGAGCUUGCUAAAGUUAAACACAUGUUGCUGAGGAAGGAGGAACUGCUGAGCCAGCGGGAGCAGGAGCUUCAGCAAAAGGAGGCUGAAAUUCAGUCAGCAAAAGAGGACUGUCUGAAGACUCGUGGGAAACUCCAGACUCUGGAACAGGAGCAUGAGGAGAGCUGCAGACUCAACUCAGAGCUGGAGAUAGAGCGAGAAGAGCUGCUGCUGCUCAGAGAGGAGGCCGACAAGAAGAUCAGCGAGCUGGAGGGACGAUGCCAGGAGCUGCAGUCAGUCAUCCAGCAGGUCUCUGAAGACUUCCAGAAGUCACAGAAUAUGGUUUCAACUUUAGAGAAGUCCUUCCAUGAAUUACAGACUGAACAUGAUGCUCUGAAGUUGCAACUGCAAAAGGCUGCCGUGACGGAAGAGGACAAGGAGCGCUUGUUGGUGGACCUUCAGAAGAAAGUAACAUCCUUGGAGAGACGGCUGCAGGGGAACCUGAGCCAGGAUGAGCACCUACAGGAGCUUCUGCAGGAGAAGUCCAGCUUAGAGCAAAGUCUGGAAGAGGUGCGAGCAGAGCUGCUGGCUGUCAGGACAAACCAUGCUGAGACUGUCAGCUCUCUGGAGGCACAGGUAUCCAGGAUGAGCUCUGCUAUUACUGAGCUGCAGACUCUUCUGCGACACAAAGAUGUCUCCAGGGCCUACAGAGAGAGAACAGACACACAAAUCGCUAAUCUGGAGCAGCAGGUGCUAGAGAGUAGUGAGAGGCUGAGCAGUGCAGAGCAGCAGAUCACAGAGAAACAGCAGCCACAUGGAUAACUGCAGGGAGAGUGGAGUGCAGAGAAAGCCUUUCUGGAUCAGCAGGUGUCUUUGUGGCAGCAGAGUCAGGAGACAAGCCGGCUGGAGGACUGCAUCGCCUCUUUACAGAAAGACAAACAGACACUACAGAGCAGGCUGGCUGAUCUGGACAAGCAGAUGGAUGAGGCGGACUCCCUUCUGAAGCAGCGAACAGAAGAACUGGAGCAGUGCAGGGCGGAGCUGAAUAGCCGGCAGACGGUGAGCACGGAAAUCGCCAAAGCUCUGGAAGAAACCAGGCGACAGAAGGAGGGGCUGCAAACACAGGUUGCAGAGCUGAGCACAGCUCUACAGAGCUCACAGCAGGAAGUGUCCACUGUCACUGAGAAGCUGGCACUCAGAGAGGAUGACAUCAAAACACUCCAGAAUGAGGUGCAGAGUCGACAGGCGUCCCUGGUCGAGGUGCAGGAGGAGGCUGAGCGUCUGAGAGCCCAGCUGGAGCAGAUGGCUGACAAAAACUCCCAAUUCACCAGCCUUAAGGAAGAGCUGCUGGGCCAGACUCAGCAGUUAGAUAGCUGCCAAGCUCGGAUCUCAUACCUGGAGGUGGAGGUGGAAACCCUGACUGAACAGCUUCACAGUCACAGUGUGGUGUGUGAGGAGGAGCAGAAUGGCAGUGUGACUGUGGACGACCUGGAUCACCUCCAGAAAGUCAACAGAGAGCUGGAGCAGCAGCUCAGUGACAAGAACAGGACCAUAAAGCAGUUGCAGCAGAGACUGGCAGAGCUGAAGACUCUGCAGAAAGAACUGAAAUUAAAACCUGAGUCAGAAGCUGAGGGGAAAGAAAAGCCACCAGAAAACAGAGCAGACAAACCAGAGAGAGUGUCUCCAGACCCUGCACCUGCGCCCACCCCGAGCCCCCCGACCUCCAACACCACAGUGACCAACACCUCCGACCUCAACGAUUCACGAGUCAACUUUGAGUAUCUCAAGCAUGUCGUCCUCAAGUUCAUGUCCUCCAGAGAGGCUGAGGCGUAUCAGCUCCUACGAGCUGUAUCUGUGCUGCUGAACUUCACUCGUGAGGAAGAGGACAUGCUGAAGGCAACUCUGGAGUACAAGAUGUCCUGGUUUGGAUCGAAGCCUUCUCCAAAGGGAAUAAUCCGACCUUCAAUCUCAGGCAGUUCAACUCAUUGGAGCUGAUUGAGCAGCAGAAAGAGCUGAAGUGAUGGACAGAACGAAAAGAGACCACAUCUGAAGGGAAACAGUCCUUCCUGCGUAGCUUCCCAUCACUGAGCAGGAUUCAAGCUUUAAACUUUGACCAGCUUCACAGUUUUUUCUAUGGCUCUGUGGGAGGGUCUGUUGGGGGCUGCACAUUAUUAUUUAGGGAUGAAGUCUUACUCAUAAUCAGUUGGUGAUUUUUAAAAUGACAUUUUUGAUCAAGCAACCUAAUUCUUCUUCAAUCAUAGGACACUAAUCUGAUGUUUCUUAUCAGCCAAAAGUGAGCUACCAUACAAGAAAAGAAACAUCAGAAAGAAGCAACACAUUGAUGUAAUUGUUAUUUUUAGGGACCGGCUCAUUUCUGUCCUUUGGUUGGAACAAACAUCAGCGUGACUUAAUGUGACCCUCUUCACUGGACAGAUUAUAGCUUUUGGUUGCUGAAGGAUCCUUUAGCUUGUUGGUUAUCACUUUAUUUUAAAUCACAGAGGGCUUAUUUAAUGAAAAUGUGUCACUUUACUAACUUGUACAGAAAACUGAAGCUGCCUUGGCUUUAGUAUUAAUGAGAGUUUAUUUAAUAGAAUAUAAAUUGUUCACACUGGUGUCAAAGGACCAAAAUUGUCUACAUUAGCCAUUCCUAAACUCAAGAAUACCACAGCCCAUUUAGGAAUCUGAAAAUGAUCUGUGGCCCACACAAACCUUUGAUUUCAUCUUUGGUCCCUGAGUAUAGUUAAUCACUGGAGUACUUUGUAUCACUUCUUUUUGAUUAGUGGAUUAAUUUUGCUUUUCUGGGGAUUCACUUAUUGAUGUUGAUCUUCCAUUAACUGCUUUUCUUUUGGUGAUGACGUAUUUGGUCAAUUACAAUUUCCCAGCAAUCAAGAGAAAUAAAACGGAUCCAGAUCAAAAAUUGGUGAUUCAAUAAAGAAUCACUCUAGUUUUGAAUUCAUCAUUUUUAUGGUGACCAUUUUAAUGGUUUAAUGACCUCCCAUGGUCCAGCUCCAGUACCCACUUUGCUGACUAAGGGGCUGUAGCCCACAUGUUGGGAAUCACUGAUCUACAAUCAAGGGAAUCCUAGCUGGAAUUAAUGUCCAAUAGGACCACCAUAAUCCAGAAAUUUCCUAAGUGACAAUGCUGACAUUUCUCCAACCACAAUAAAUAGUGAAAUGUAGUCUCUUACUUUGUCCCAAAUGUCUUUGUAUUGUAUUGGAAAAGAUAUUUAAGUUCAACUGAGGUUGGGAUGCGCUAUCAUGUAAUACCAAUAUGUGCCACAGUGUGGUGCAGUGAAUCAGUUUAACCUUUAUUUAACAGGCAAAAGAACACAUUCUUAUUUGCAAUGGCAGCCUGGGAAAGGACAAAGGAAAAGGAGGAAUGUGGGAUAGGGCUAAAAGGAAACAAACAGUUAAAAGAACGACGGACACAUCUAAAAGCCUUUCAGCACACCCAGUAGUAAAGUGUUACACCUUUUGAUAAAUUUACAGUCACAAAAAGUGCACACAAAAUCCUGCUGAAUUAGGCAGAUGGUGAUAACCACAAAUCAACUCCAAUAUCUCCCCCCUCUCCCAAGCACCACCUCAUUCAGUCCUUGAACACCAGUGUGAUCGAUAUGGCCUGUAUAUUAAUGCAACUGGAGCAGUUGUCAGAAGUUUACAUACAUGCAUCAUGGGGCUAAAUGUCAUGGUAAUUUUGAGCUUUUUAAUGAUUUCAUAUCUUUGAACUUUUUUUUUUGGGCCUUUAUUUGAUAGUGUUUGCAGUGGAGAAAGACAGGAGAAGACGCGUAGUAAAUGCGACUAGGUCGGGACUUGAACCUGCACUGUCUGCACCGCCGCACGGCAUAUGUGGUCGCCCACUCAACCGCGAGGCACCCGGGCAGUGCGGGGGGGGGGUCCAAGGAAGUCAUUGAAGAUCUAAGAAGGAGAAUUGUAGCUUUAACCAAGAUGUGAAGAUGCUUUGCAGCUGUUUCUAAAACAACUGCAGAUUCCAAUAUCAUCAGUUCAGACAACUGUACAUAAGUACAGGUUAUUCAGAUGUGUCACCACUUUGCCAAGGUCUGGAAGAAGAUCCAACAUGCAUUAAGUUCUGAGGCUGUUUUGCUUCCAGUGGCGCUGGUACAUUGCACAAAGUGGGUGGAAUAAUGGAGGAGGAGGGCUGCCUCCAAAUUCAUCAACUUCACCUCAGGUCAACAGCUAGAUUAGUUGAAACUUGAACACAAUUGGGUGUUCCAAUGGACAGUGAUCCCAAACAUACUACUGAGAACUGGUUUUGGAAUGGAUAAGGCAGGCUAACAUAAUCCCCGACCUCAAAUCUUGAAAAUUUGUGGACUAAACUUAAUGCCAGGAAACCAACCAACCAAUUUUAAUGAACUCUACCAAUUCUGCUAAGAAGAGUGGUCAGAAAUCCAGCCAGAAGCUUGUUGAUGGCUACCAAAAGCCUCUAGUCAUGGUGCGACUUGCUAAGAGACAUUUAAUCAAAUAUUAGUGGAGGUGUAUGUAUAGUUUUGACCCUGUGUGGAUUAGAAAAAAUCCUAAAUAAUUUCAAACUUGUGCCACCUAAUUCUUGUUUUUUAAAGUUACCAAAGAUGUGUGCUGUAUAAUCAUUUCACCCUGGACAAAGAAAUCAUUAAGAGCCCCACAUUAUGGUAACAUUCACGCCCAUGAUGAGCGUAUGUAAACGUCUGACCACAACUGUAUGUGAAAAAAUAAGUAAAUGCUCUGUAAAUUACUGAAGGACAUGUUCUGCCUUCACCUGCCUUUGCUAAUGUAAAUCAAAGUACAUUCCACUUGGCUGUUUAUAUAUAGAAAUCUGUACAUACUGUAUGCAUUGAGAACUUUAUAAAACAGUGGAUGUUAACGGUUUGAUGUGAUCAAUUUGUAGUAUUUAUCAUCAUCAUAAACCUGAGCCCAUUCAGGUUUCUGCCUGAGCUUUUCACACUGCUCAUCACUAUCUCUAGUCCUGAGUAUGAUGUCAGUCAUAUCAUGUGAUUUGAAAUUUUAUCUGUUGAGUUUGUAUAUAGGGAAGCAAGAGGAUAUCUUUGAAUGCAGAUUUAUUGUCAUGUUUUAUUAAAGAAAGGUAGCAGAC